UCAUAUUUCCGUAAACAUUGAUAUAUUCUGUAUAAAUUAUCACCGCUUUCCUUUUCUGCCAUUUGGUGUCAGCUGUCACAAGCCUAAAGCUUUCAGUUUUUGUCAACUAUAGAGUAAAUACGUCCUAACAGUUUUGAAAGUUAAGUUAUGAUAAAAUUUCUACGGAUAUCGGUCUUAGUACCGAUAAUCCUCGUUGUUUUGCCAACAUGCUUCAGCUUCAAGUUUAUCCACCACAACUAUGAGUCUAUGCUCGAUGUCAUGUAUGAUGCCAAUGCGCGAUGUCCAGAGAUCACGAGAAUCUACAACCUCAGUGAACCAUCAGUGCGGAACAGAAGUCUGACUGUCAUCGAAUUCUCUGACAACCCCGGAACACACGAGACCGGUGAGCCUGAGUUCAAGUAUGUUGGCAACAUGCAUGGUAACGAAGUCGUGGGCCGGGAGGUGCUUCUCAAGCUCAUCGACUUCCUGUGCGAGCGCUACCAGCAGGGUGACGAGUUGGUCCACUUCCUGGUGCGCAACACGCGCAUCCACAUUAUGCCUUCCAUGAACCCCGAUGGCUGGGAGCAGGCCUACAGGAACCUCAAGGCAAAGGGUGGAGAGCCUGACUGGCUUAUCGGUCGCAGCAACAACAACAGCGUGGACCUGAACCGCAACUUCCCGGACCUGAACAAGCUCAUGUACCAGCACGAGGCACAACACAAAGGGCGCAACAACCAUUUGGAGAAAGUGGACUUCGCCAUUAAAAACGUCACCAAUCUGCAGCCUGAGACGCGUGCUGUCAUGAGAUGGCUGUCUCAGAUCCCCUUCGUUCUGUCCGCUAACCUCCACGGUGGGGACCUUGUUGCCAACUACCCGUACGACGCAACCCGCAGCGGCAAGCCACAGGAGUACACCAAGGCACCAGAUGAUGAAACUUUGAGGUAUCUGGCUGGGUCCUACGCCAUGGCCCACACUUUGAUGGCUCAGCCCCACAAACCCUGCGACAUGACCGGUGAUGACAACUUCGGGAGGCACGGUGGCAUCACUAACGGAGGACAGUGGUACUCCGUCCCUGGAGGCAUGCAGGACUAUAACUACCUUGACACCAACUGCUUUGAGAUCACCCUGGAGCUGGGCUGCACAAAGUUUCCACGGGAGUCGGAGCUGGAAGACUACUGGCAACAGAACCGAGAGGCCCUCAUCUUCUACAUCCUGCAGAGUCACAUCGGAGUCAAGGGUGUUGUGAAGACAACAGAUGGAGUUCCUGUUAAGGAUGCUGCCAUCAAGACGACCAACUUGACAUCUGGAGAGUAUAUUGCUCAUGAUCUUGUCACAGCUGCAGGUGGGGACUACUAUCGCCUGCUGAUUGACGGGUACUACCGUGUCACAGUUGUUGCCCCCGGCUACCACAAUGCCACCCGCUGCAUCAAGGUGGAUAACAACAUGGAGGAAGCCCUGCAUGCAGCUGAGAUAGUCAACUUUGAGCUGGUUUCCAGUGACAAGCCUCAGCCUUCCCAGGAGGAAGCACUACAGAAGUGUGAGGAGCUCAGGACAGAGGCAGCCGAGGAGGAGUACCAGCAGGAGCUCCGGGAACAGUUGUACCUGCUGCAGCUGCUCAAGAGACAGCUGAGUGUGCAAGACUGGGACCGCCUCGUUCGUCGCAUGGUCGUCGACCUUCAGAAGUAGAGGUCAAGGUCACCUGUCCUUGUGACCCCAGUGAUGGUGUAACUGAUGUUACCUUCAAAUAGCAAAAAAAAUGAUAACAGAAAAUGGAAGUAAUUAAAUCACAAAAAGAAAUCAGUUCACAUAAUUUCCAGACUCUUUAAGCUGGGCUAUUCAUGAACUUUAAUUUUAAUUCUUCAAACCCUUUUUAUUUCUAUUCUUUUUGGGACCAAGUAGGCAACAUCAGGGCAAGGACAAGCAGUAUAUAGAACAUAUAGAUGACAGCUGGCAGCAGAGUACCUUGGAUAACACUACAUUUGUCCGAGGUAUUCAAUAAUCAAAACUGAAAGCCAGGAAGCAAGGGAGAUAACCGUGACAUCAUUUCCUUCAGGGCAAGACGUGUUUGUCCAAGUUAAAAUGAAGGAGUGAGUAUGGUUUUAUGCCGCUCUUAGCAAUAUUGUUGCAAUAUGACGGGGGGAGGGUUAUGGUAGACGCCAGAAGCCAGAAAUAGGCUUCACCCAUUUUACCCAUGAAUUGAACCCGGGCCUUGAGCAUGACGAGCAAAUGCUUUCAACACGAGCCUAACCCACCGCCCUAAAAUGAAGGAUUUGGACUGCAUAACACCGACUCCGUGACCCCGCGAUGUGAUCGGACUUAUCCAAGCUACUCUCCUGCCACAAUAUAUGAAGAAGUACAUGAAAGAAUAUAUUUUUGUUCUCAUGUUGUGAUAUGUGUGACGUAAUGUGCAGCAUUUACCCUGCCUCUGUUUGCUCACCUGUUGAUCAGGGGCCAUCUGAAGCUAUGGCAAGUCAUAUUUGGAGUGUAUCAAUGUGUUCACUGACAAGGAAGCCUACUGCACCGAUGAGCAUGGUUGUAGGACAGAUGUUUAAAAUCUCAGUAGGAGCUAAAAUAAAUUGACACAAAAGUUGGAGGUGUACAUGAUAUGCCUCCAUGAGACGAACUGAUAGUUUGAGAUGGUCCCUCUAUGAAAACCCGUGCAAUAUGUUCCCCAACUGAUCUUUGUUGAUGCUAUUCUAAUUAGCUCUGAUUUUAACAUUAUUCAUGCAUUAGAUCACCUCUUACAGUGCGGAACUGAUCCAACAAAUGUUGUUGCUGUCUCUGUUGUCCAGUGUUCUACAAUGUUUUGUCAUAAUCCAGGAAAUGAGGUCAGUGGAGGAAGAGCUGUAGAUGAGCUGGAAUCUGUGACAGUUCAGAUGUCAAGUUUUAAUUUCUCAGUAGAGAGUAAUGUGAUAUUGACAUGUAUAUUGCUGGCUACUUAAGUGAUUGCUUGUUCAGUGAUGUGAUUUAUGUGAAUAAUUGUUUUUGUCUUCUCAGUAGCUUGUACAUUGGCAAUCUGCACGCCCGCAGUACACUCCCCCUGAAAUCAAUCACCGAUCACAAUGUCCAAGAAUUCAUGCCGCUUUUAUGGAUAGCAACUUCUUAUAUUCUUUGUACGACGUUUUAGAGCUACUUCUUGCUGAAACGUCAUACAAAGAAUAAAGUAUUCAUGUUCUCCCAACUUCUAAAUGCCUCUCAAAUCUCCCAGCUUCUAAAUGCCUAUCAAAGACUACACAAUGUCCAACAUGGCAUUUUUCUAAAUCGUAUUAAUAUCUCAACACUACAUAAACUGGUCCUGAUUGGCACUUUGGCAGUUUCAUUUGAAGUAUAUAUUACAGCCUGAUUGUUUUUGUCAACCAGUAAUUGUACAUUUGACAUAAAAAAGGGAUGAAAUGAUGGGCUUUGUUUGUGAAGGCAUCGACUUGAUCAAGGGGCAUGACAAAAGCUGACAUGAAAUUCAAAGGUACUCAUUGACUAGUAGUGAGAUGGAGUUUGUGGAAGGAAAUGUUUGCUUGAGUUGGUCACUGUGAUGUGUCAUUUGACCAAAGAAGCUCAUUGGUUGUGACUGUGAAGCUGAUACUGUUCGCCUCGGCCAUAUUGAAGUCAGACUGCCAAAAUGAGAUUUUUCAGGCAUUGUGGAUUUAUUACACUAUGUUUUCUGCAAUACUUCUUGCAACAUCCCAGGACACACAUUCACAAAGUACUAAAUGUUGUUGUGUGCUUCACAUUUCUUAUCUCCGACAGCACUUCUGGAUAAAGUACAUCAGUGAUGGUAUGUUUACGACAUUACAUUUUUCUAAUACGCUUACAUUCCUACGACAUCAUUUCACUCAGUAAGGUUAGAGCUUACAUCAAAAUAAUCCAAUUCAACCCCUGUGAUAUUGUCUCAUAAAUCAAAAACGCAUAUAUAUUACUUGUAAGUUCAUACCAGAUUCAAUCAAUUUUAGCACUUGAACAAUUCCACACCAUUUCCAAAGUGAUAAGUGUGAUUGUGGAGCACUGGUUAUGCAAUAAGCUUUACCGUCAGUGAAUCUGUUAGAUAAGGAGAUUAUUUAACAAUGGUUUUGCUCAAAUACAUGUAAUUUUUUCUGCCAACAGUGUUGCUCUACACACACAAAGGAACACACCUUGAUACGCUGACCUUACAGCAUUAUACUGCAUUAAUGACAUAAGGAAAUCCUGUCUUUUGACAUCUGCACUUUGUGUAGCACUAUAUAGAAAUAUAUUGUCGAAUAAAGUCUGGCAAAAUUGUU